GCACCUCCUCCAAACAGCCAGGCCCUGCGCUGCUCUUCCUCCCCGCCCCUUUCCCACACGCCCGACCUCUGAAGAGGCCCCGCGUGUGUUUCUGUCCCUGGGUUCCUGAUCUGUCGUUUCCUGGGUGAGGACAGUUGUGCCAAGUGGGUCUCUUGGCGGGCUUGCGCCUCCGACACUCCGCUGCGCGAUGAGUGUCCCUUCCUCAGUCAGCCUUGACAGCUCGGCGCCCCGGCUGUUGCCGGCAGUGGCCUGUCUCUUAGCAGCUAAAAGCCUUGGUAGAAAAAAACACGACACUAGAUGAGGUUCUCAAAAGCUUCUAGCAGAAUUCCACCCCUGCAACUGGAAUAAACGUUGACAGACCCUGGGAUAAACGCAGCAAAGUGGUUAAGACCACGGAUCCCUGGCUGAGAUUGCUGGGUUCAGCCCCCGGCUCUGCCAUUCACCAGCCACGUGACCAUGGACGGAUGCCUUUGGUGCUUCAUGAAGAAUAUUUCCAGAUAUCUCACAGACAUUAAGCCUUUGCCUCCCAACAUAAAAGAUAGACUGAUUAAAAUAAUGAGCAUGCAGGGACGGAUAACAGAUUCAAAUAUAAGUGAGAUUUUACAUCCUGAAGUUCAAACCCUAGAUCUACGGAGCUGCGAUGUAUCAGACGCUGCUCUCCUGCACCUGUCUAACUGCAGAAAGCUGAGGAAAUUAAAUUUAAAUUCUUCAAAAGGGAACCGAGUUUCUGUAACUUCAGAAGGAAUAAAAGCUGUGGCUUCAUCUUGCUCAUACCUACAUGAAGCUUCUUUGAAAAGGUGCUGCAAUCUCACUGACGAAGGAGUCGUUGCUCUUGCACUCAAUUGCCAGCUGCUAAAGAUCAUCGAUUUAGGUGGCUGCUUAAGUAUUACUGAUGUGUCCUUACAUGCAUUAGGAAAAAACUGCCCAUUUUUGCAGUGUGUUGACUUUUCAGCUACUCAGGUAUCUGACAGUGGUGUGAUUGCACUUGUUAGUGGACCUUGUGCGAAGAUAUUAGAGGAGAUUCAUAUGGGACAUUGUGUAAAUCUGACUGAUGGGGCUGUCGAAGCUGUCCUUACUUACUGUCCUCAAAUACGUAUAUUACUCUUCCAUGGAUGCCCCUUGAUAACAGACCAUUCCAGAGAAGUGUUGGAGCAAUUAGUAGGCCCAAACAAACUAAAGCAAGUGACAUGGACUGUUUAUUGAUGCUUUUUUGAAGAAAGAUGAUCAAUGCUUAUCAAAACUGCUUUCCCAGGAAACCAUCUAUAGAGAUUUGCAUCCUACUUAAUGUUAACACUAUUUUUAAUUAUUUUAUUAAGUUAUAACUCUCAGAGAAUUAGCUAAGUCUUGGUAUGUACAUGGUUUGUGCUUUACUCUUAAACAUCUUAAUAGUGCUAUUAUUCUGUAUCUGUUGGAUGAGUCAUUAUUUUUGAAAUGAUAAUCCUAGCAUGAACUCUGAUCUAUGGUGUUGGAUUCUGUUUCUUAAAUAACUUUAAAAUUAACUGUUUUCCCUUGAGAGUUCCUUCUCCUAUGUAGGUAUUUGAGCUAUUGUUGUAAGUUUACCUGUAAGUAUAAACCUUGGGAGAAUCUAAGUAAACAUAUUUCUAAAAGCAUAGUUACCUUCCUAUUUUCUGGCUCUUACCUUCCUGGAGUAUUUAAAUGCCCAUUUGCCAAAAGCAGAGCUGAACAUCAAGCCUGUUAAUUCUUCAAAGAAUUUAGGUAUUUGUUUCACCAAAAUGAAGUGACUUAUUAGCCAUUCAGCGUAUUCGUAUUACAGAGGCUCUUGCCCAGCCACUUAUUUCAUUGAUUUUUAUGGCUACUCUUCCCAAUUACAUUUUAUUCAUCUGUAAGCUUUCCUUCCUUAGCAAAACUGCAUUUGAAAAUGUGUAAAAAUGAGUAAAUACAGAAUAUCACUACAGAGACUUGUAUCCUCAGCUUUAUUGAUUUCACAUUGUGAAAUAAACAGCAAAGGUCUUAGUUUUCAAGUGAAAACUUUCGGUAAUCACAAAAUUACCUGACACCAUGCUUAAACCAACCCCCAAAUUUAGCAUAUUCAUUUUGCCAUGAGCCUGUCUUGAGAUUUUCUUAAAAGAUUUCUUAUUUUGCCUCUGAUGUAGUGAAAAACGGGGUAAGUAUGCUAACUUUCUUGUAUAUGAUGUUGGGGGGGUACUUAUUCAACUCCAUUUCUUGUCCUUACAAGAUUUAUAAAUGUGGUAUGUUUAUAGUGUGGAUAUAUAUGUUGCCACUGCAAAGGUGGUGCAUAUGUUUAUAUGUGCAAAAUGGGUAAGGCCUGUUCUAUCUAUGAAAUUUUUCUAAAGACAAAUUCAAUAAAAUUUAAUACUGAAUAUUUAA